AUGAUUCGCGAGAAAACUGCCCACUUACUUAGUUUCAAUACGAGGAAAACACUUUUGAAAACAAGUUCAAAGUUGUAUCACAAACCCAAACUCGAAAGAUCAAAAGAUGGACUAAGCAUAAGCGCUAUUGAUGCUGCGCAGCCUUUUGACUUUGAAGCGAAAGCAAAAGUUGUAACGGAUAGAAAAAAUGCUCUAAAAAUAGGUAUCGUAGGUUUCGGAAAUUUUGGUCAGUUCGUGGCAAAAAGGAUCAUAUCAAAGGGUCACACUGUUAUUGCAACUUCACGAGGCGAUUACUCUGCAGUCGCUGCAGAUUUAGGCGCUUGCUUCUAUCCCGAUAUAGAUGAUUUCUGUGAGGAACAUCCGGAUAUCGUGAUCUUAAGCACCAGUAUUCUUUCUACAGAGAAGGUUUUACGAGAGUUUCCUUUCCAGAGAUUGCGGCGGAAUACUCUUUUCUGUGAUGUACUCUCUGUAAAGCAAUUCCCUAAGCAACUAUUCUUGAAACUUCUACCUCAAAAUUUUGACAUUCUAUGCUUGCAUCCAAUGUUUGGUCCCGAUAGUGGCAAAGGGAGCUGGAGAGAUUUACCUCUGGUAUAUGAGAAGGUAAGGGUUGGUGAAGAGAAAAGUAGAAAAAAUAGGUGCGAGCAAUUCCUUCAUUUAUUCGAAGAUGAAGGUUGUCGUAUGGUAGAAAUGUCCUGUGAAGAGCACGAUAGACAGGCUGCUUCAUCACAGUUUAUCACACAUACAGUAGGACGAAUGCUUGGAACCAUGGAGCUUGCAGACACAAGCAUUAGCACAAAGGGCUUCGAGUCGUUAAGAUCACUUGUUGACAACACUUACAAUGACUCCUUUGACUUAUACUAUGGCCUAUUCAUGUACAAUAAAAAUGCUACAAUAGAACUAUCCCGUCUUGAGCAAGCAUUUGAUGAGGUUAAAGGGCAGCUAUUCAAUAGAUUGCACGAAAUUAUUCGAAACGAAAUUUUUACAGAAGUUGAUGCAACACAGGACAUGGAAAACUCGAGUCUCUCAAACCUUCAAGGAGCAUCAGAAGAUGAUAAGAAAAAAAAGUAA